CUUGCUUAAUUAAUCCAACCGUCCCGACCGGCGCGUCCGUCCGGCCCGCCCCCUCGGCGGGCGGGCGGGCGCUACAAAUACCCGCGAACCGGCGGGCGCAGCGGCGGCAGGGAAGGGAAGGGAAGCGCGCGCGAGAAGCCUCUCCUCCACGAACAGAGCAAGGGCGCGAUGGGGAUGAGCCUGGCGCAGGCGGUGGCGGCGCUGGUGGGCACGUGCGCGCGGCGGCUGUCGCGGGCGGCGCGGCGGCUGCACCACCUGCGCCCGCGGGACGACGGGGCCGCGGCGUCCUUCUCGUCGCGCGCCAUCGUGCCGUUCCUCGGCGGCGGCGUGAGGAAGGCGCUCUCGUCGUCGUCUCCGACCAAGCCCAAGGCGAGGAGGAGGAACAAGGCGGCGGCGGCGGAGGACGCCGCCGGCGACGGGGUGUGGAGGAAGGAGAUCAUGAUGGGGGAGCGCUGCCAGCCGCUGGACUUCUCCGGGGUCAUCUACUACGACGCCGAGGGCCGCCGCCUCGCGCAGCCCCCGCCGCCGCGCUCGCCGCUGCGCAGCCCGCUCCCGGCCUCCGUCAAGCUCGCCGCCAACGCCGGCGGGUACUAGCAAAACUAGCCAGCGCCCUGUGUUUGCCCUGUUUCUCUCCUCUUCCUCUGCUCCGGCAAAUAGUAGUAGGGCCUCCAUUGUUCUCUGUCGUUUCACGUGUGUAGUGACUACUGACUAGUGAGCACGUACGCGCAAUGUAAAAUUUCGUCGAAACCUAGCAUGCUCUUCUCUAUAAAGUUUAAGAACCUCUCCCGAUAUUUUUCGCUCUCGUA